AUGCCUCGCCUUCUCCCGCCAACUCUCCGCCUCGCGCCGCUCCUCGCAGCAGUCGCCGCGUGCUUCGGCGCGUUGGUGAGUGUAGCAGUGGGGGCGCCUCUGGCGGGGCGGGAGUGCGUGAACGACUUCCCCCGGCGCGCGCUGUGCAAGUUCGUGGACGAUCUGCGCGACGCCAUUCCCGAGCAGAUCGACGCCUCCACGGGCGCGCCCAUCCGCAUCGGCGCCUACCAGAUCCGCCAGGCCAGCCCCCCCCUCCGCCCUCUGCUUCCGAUCCCCGCUCCCGCUUUCAUUUACUCACGUCCCCUCACUUGCAUCCGUUCAGCCAACCCCCCCAAGCUGCACCGCGACCUGCCGCCCACGAAGCUGUACGCGUACGGCCGCAGCGCUGCCACGGCGCACUACCCCGGCCCCACGCUCGUCGCCAAGCGCGGCGUGCCCUCCCAGGUGUACUGGGAGAACCACCUGACGGACCGCCACCACAUGUUCCCCGUCGACUACUCCAUUGACGACGUCGCCCGCCCGCUGCUGGGCGGCAUCCCCAUCGUGACGCACAGGCACGGAGGGGAGAAUCCAUCAUUCGCGGACGGCACCCCGAGGCGUGGUUCAUGCAGUACAGCGAGGUGGGGCGCGCCUUCCGCACGCGGCUGUACCGCUACCCGAACCACCAGCUGCCCACCACGCUGUGGUACCACGACCACGCCGUCGGCCUCACACACCUCAACGUCGCUGCCGGCCUCGCCGACUUCUUCCUCCUCACCGACCUGCUCAGCGUCGAGAGGGCCCUCGCCUGGCUGCCCCGGGGGGAGUUUGAAGUGCCGCUGGCCCUGGCGGACCGGCGCUUCUUCCCCAACGGGUCCAUUGACUGCCCGCGGCAGGGCGUGGUGCCGCGAGUGCACGCGCACUGGGUGCCGGAGUACAUCGGUGACACCAUCCUCGUCACCGGCAAG